GAGAAAGUGGAGGAUUUAGAGGGCCUUCACAGAUUGCAAUAUAUACCUUCUUAACACUUCUCUGCCUGGGUCUGUGUCUCUGGGACUCUGACAAGUCUGCUCGAUUAAAAUAACAGGAGGAUCCUGCAGCAAACAUGGCCACUGAGAAAAGACUGUCUGCGAGGCGCAAGCAUACUCUGAAGAGUUGUAUGCUGGUGGUGGCCAAUAAUUUGUUGGAUGCUGAGGCCGGAGUAAAGGCUGGUGAGAGGGAGAAGUUCCUGGCAGAGAAAUGUCCCCCUCUGGAUAUUCCAUACUCCAAGGAUGAGCUUGUGGAACUUUGCCAGAAAUUUCAUGAGCAGAUUGACAUCAGCGAAGAGGAGAGAUACUGCAUAGAGUUCAAGCUCAACAUGGUGCUCAAUGAGGUCAGAGAUCUCAACAUCAAGAUUGUGGAUCUGAGAGGAAAGUUCAAGAGACCUCGGCUGAAGAAAGUGCGUAUGUCUGCUGACGCCAUGCUGAAAGCUCUGCUGGGCUCCAAGCACACAGUCAACAUGGACCUGAGGGCCAACCUGAAGCAGGUCAAGAAGGAGGUGAAAGAGGAGGACAAGCAGCUGCGUGAUGUGGGAGACUGGCGUAAGAACAUCGAAGACAAGUCUGAUAGGAAGAAGAUGUUUGAUAGUUAAAUGUCAUCUGUCACUGAUAAUUGGGAUUAAGAGUGAUUUUCAGGACAGAAUUCAGGUCUCAUGUCUUUGCAACUGAAGAGUUUUAUUCCAAAAUGCAGCAUAUCCACCUUAACGUUAACCUUUUAGGAGCCGGUAAGACAUGACAGCUGUGGAGGUGAUAGUGAAAAACUGUGUGUUUUCUAAACUUCUGAUAUGGUAAAGUAAGUGAUAAAGGGCCUUAAUCGGAAAAAUCUUACCUGUUUUAAAAAAAUGAAUAAAAUGAAAGUCUUCACAAAGUUUCUAAAAUCUAGUUUUGGAUAUCUCACUUUGGAACAAAACUCUUAAGGUGGAUUUAAACUGCACUCUGCUUUCGAUGUAUUGUAUUCUAACGUCACUUGGUACAUGACAAGCGAAUCAAAUCUGCUUGUGCUCUGAUUUAUACCUCUGCAUCAAAAUGUCAAAUGUCUACAAUGUACCAUCCUCAUAAAAAAGUACUGUGGCACUGCAUAUUCCCAGGUAUCCAAUUAGUUGUGAUAAGGCCUUAUUGUUGUAUGAGGCUUUAUGUGCAGGUUGGGUUUAGAUCUAUUUACUUUCAAAUAUGUAAUAUCAGGUUCUUCUUUCACUGAAUGUCUGCCUCCAUGCUUGUGAUGUGUUGUUAGUAAAAGCACUCAAGGCCUUCUGUGAAGAGGGAAAGUGACAUGGCUGUACGUUAGCAUGACAAGCUAACAAUCAUGAAUCAAAUGAAGCAAAAGGCUGUACACAAAUCAUUUCACCGCUACUGCUAGUCUAACUGCGGAGGUAUAAUUCAGUCCACAGUCUGUACCCGACAACAUCAUGUCAUCUUUUCUAAUCAAAAAUGCGAUGAUCUUAUUCUCAUCUUGUUGCAGUCACAUUAAAUACAAAAGCUUCAUGUUCAUCUUG